UCCUGCUGACCCCGGCUAGGGAGGAGCGGCCCCCCUACCACCGCUCCAAGAAGGGGGGCUCGGUGGGCGGCGUGUGCUACCUGCUGAUGGGCGUGGUCGUGCUGCUCAUGGGCCUGGUGUUCGCCUCAGUCUACAUCUACAGAUACUUCUUCCUUGCUCAGCUGGCCCGUGACAACUUCUUCCACUGCGGUGUGCUCUACGAGGACUCCCUGUCCUCCCAGGUCCGGACUCGGAUGGAGCUGGAGGAGGACGUGAAGAUCUACCUCGACGACAACUACGAGCGCAUCAAUGUCCCCGUGCCCCAGUUUGGCGGCGGCGACCCCGCAGACAUCAUCCAUGACUUCCAGAGGGGUCUCACCGCCUACCACGACAUCUCCCUGGACAAGUGCUACGUCAUCGAGCUCAAUACCACCAUCGUGCUGCCCCCUCGCAACUUCUGGGAGCUCCUCAUGAAUGUGAAGAGAGGGACCUACCUCCCGCAGACGUACAUCAUCCAGGAGGAGAUGGUGGUCACAGAGCACGUCAGCGACAAGGAGGCCCUGGGCUCCUUCAUCUACCACCUGUGCAACGGGAAAGACACCUACCGGCUGCGGCGCCGGGCCACCCGGAGGCGGAUCAACAAACGUGGGGCCAAGACCUGCAAGGCUAUCCGCCACUUCGAGAACACCUUCGUGGUGGAGACGCUCAUCUGCGGCCUGGUGUGAAGCCUCUGCUCCCUCCAGGCCUCGCCCUGUCCUCAUCCUUUUCUUUCGGGCCACUCUCUGUCCCUCCUCCUUCCCCUUGCUUAGCUUGUACUUUGGAUGCCUUUCUAUAGAUGUGACACGUCUCCCUGUUCCUUUCCAGCCCUGCCCACCUCCCUGUACCAGAGC